UUAGAGUGGAUAUUUGCACUUGUCUGGUGGCUAUCAUAGAUGAUCUAUGGCCUCCUGUCGUGCAUGUUCUAUUCUUCCCCUCACGUGCACUCGGCGUAAUACUGACCAGAAAUGUGAUAAGUAACUGUAUAGCUUUCCAAAAACCUAGAAACUGCCUGUGUUAGGUCGCAUUCGUACUGGCCUCGUGUUCGCCUGACCCUGUCUGGACGAGCCAUACACCCCGCUUCCCACCUUGUGUUCCAAUCGUUGUCUCUUGUCUUCCCCAUCACCUGGUCGCUUCACUCACAUUACUGCAAUCAAUCUAAAGGCCGCAUCUGACGCACACGGAAAAGACGGUGCCACGCAGCCCUUUUCAACUACUUUCACCCUGUUUACUUGCACUGCAUGGGCCAAGCUAUUUCAGUAUUGAUCAUGGCGUAUUGUGCCAUUUAUUCGGGCCAUCACGCAAGAUGCGAGCAAGAGAAAGCAGAAAAAAAGGCAAGGGAAAUGGAAGAAAUAGUGCGUGUGGCGAGGCAAGAAGCUGAAGAGGCGAGGCGCAGUGCCAACGAGGCGGAGGACCGAGCUACAGCAGUCCAAGAAGAAGCUGCACUCUCACGGGAGGGAGCCGAAGAAGCGGAACGAGCCAGGCAGGAAGCAGCAGAAAAUGCACAGAGGUGUCAAGAAGAACUGGAACGGGCGUUAGCUGAGGCUGAAGAAGCUCGUUGCAUAGCAGAGGAAGCGAGGCUCGCGGCUGAGCGUAAAUGGUUCCAAGGAGUUCGCCCCGAGUACCGCGCUUCAGACCAAGAUAUUGUUCGGAUGAAGGCCCGGUAUGGUUACAGCACAAACUUCCUUCACCUCGCAGUUGUUGGCUCUGCUGGAGCUGGCAAGUCAUCCUUCAUCAAUGCCGUCUGUGGCUUGUCCAACAAUGACCCCAUCGCCGCUCGUACAGGGAUCGUCGAAACUACAGAUGCUGUCACGAGUUACCCUGAUCCACGCCCAGACUCCCGGACUAUUUGGUACGACGUUCCCGGAGCUGGCACUCUAAAUGUGCCUGAAUGGCAGUACUUCAACGACCUGGGCCUCUACGUAUUCGACUGCAUCAUCGUGCUCAUCGACAAUCGUAUCUUGGACUCCGACCUCGCCAUCCUCCGCGCCAGCGAGCAGUUCCGGAACGUUGAUGCGUUCAUCGUUCGCUCCAAGUCAGACCAGCACAUCAACAACAUGGCGUACGACAGGAUGCCAAUAGGUUUCGACCCUUAUGACAUGGACGAAGAGACUCACCGUCAUUUUAUGCAAAUGAAAUCUGAAGAACGGAAGAGAUUCAUCAACGAAACGCGUCGGAAUGUGCAAACGAACCUAGAGAGCAAGAAUCUCUCUCCUAAGAAGGUCUACAUUGUUUGCAAGGACGCCGUGCUUGCGAAAUCGAGUAACUCACGCUCCUCAAAGACAAUCGAUGAGGCAGAGCUUCUGAAUGAUGUUAAAGAAUGUGUGGAUAGGCGUCUGCAGUCGGGAUGUUAAAAGUGGUGUCAGAUCGUCUUGCUCAAUUGUCAAUCUGAUCAUUAGUAUAUUUUCUACCCUAUAGCCCAGUAGGUGUGUACUGACAGCUCUGUUGCUCAUAAAAGCUUGGAUUAUGCAGCACGCAAUCUCGAUAUGUUUUUUCUUGGUCUUUUGUUGGCUGGUUUUAUAUUUAUUUUCUCAUCAGAUAUGACCGCAUUCCGUGCUCGAGGCAUCUUCGCACAAUUCGAACUUCCGUACGUGUUGAUGCCUGACUUGCGGUGAUGUGCCUCAUCAUAGACAGGCUGGUCACCAGUCUAAUUUUAAUGUACUACCAAG